AUGCCAGAUGACAUCUCGCCCUUCACCAUCAACGUACCAGACGCAGCCAUUGACCAGCUCAAGGCCAAGCUCGCAGCCGCGUCCUUUGCCGAUCGCGUCGAGUUCUCGGAUGAUUGGAACUACGGAUCGCCGCUGAGCGAUGUGAAUCGCCUCGCUGAGCGGUGGGCAACCGGCUUCGACUGGCGACAGCAGGAAGCUAUCCUGAACCGGCUGCCUCAAUUUACAACCCGGAUUGAGGUGGACGGUUUCGGGGAGCUCAACAUUCAUUUCCUCCAUCAGCGUAGCAGCAAUGCAAACAGCAUCCCGCUUUUAUUUGUACACGGAUGGCCCGGUAGCUUUCUAGAAGUCGUCAAACUCCUGCCUCUCCUCACCAACCCAGAAAGCAACCCGUCUUUCCACAUAGUCGCUCCGUCUCUACCCAAUUUCGGCUUCUCAGAUGUCGUCAAAAAGUCGGGCUUCAGCACCACGCAAUAUGCAGAAACCGUACACAAGCUGAUGAUCAAGCUGGGGUACACCGAGUAUGUCACGCAAGGCGGCGACUGGGGAUUCAUGAUCACCCGUCUCGUCGGCGCCCGAUACCCCGACCACUGCCUCGCUUCGCACGUCAACUUCGUGCGCAUGCACCAUCCCCCGACCUUCUCCCAAUCGCCCCUCCUCUACCUCCGCAACCUGCUCACGCCGUACACCGCCGCCGACCGCGCCGGCCUCGCCCGCUCCGCCUGGUUCCGCGACGAGGGCUUCGGCUACAACGCCGCGCAGAGCACCAAGCCCGCCACGCUCGGCUUCGCCCUCGCCGACUCGCCCGUCGCGCUGCUCGCCUGGAUCUACGAGAAGCUGCGCGACUGGACCGACGGCUACGCCUGGGACGACGACGAGGCGCUGACCUGGGUCUCGCUGUACCGCUUCUCCAGGGCCGGGCCCGCGGCGAGCGUCCGCAUCUACUACGAGACGAGGCACGCGGCGGAGGACGAGUACGCGCAGGGGCUGAGGUACGUCCCGCGGGUGAGGCUGGGCGUGUCGCUGUUCCCGAGGGAUGUGGUGGUGCCCCCGGAGAGGUGGGCGGGCAGCCUGGGGCCGUUGGUGUUCGCGGCGGUGCAUGACGGCGGCGGGCACUUUGCGGCGCAUGAGCGGCCGGAGCAGCUCGCGGCGGACUUGCGAGCCAUGUUUGGGGAUGGCGGCGGCGCCCACGAUGUUGCCAAGAUGUUCAAUUCCUCGCUGUAG